CGGCUCUGCUCUGCACUGCAGCGGAGCACGCGGAGAAGCCUCCGGACCGGCAGCCGGCAGCCGGGGCGAGCCGAGCUGCGCCAUGCUCAACAACCUGACGGACUGCGAGGACGGCGAGGGGGGGGCGAGCCAAGGUGAUGGGAACCCCAAGGAAAGCAGCCCAUUCAUCAACAGCACCGACCUGGAGAAGGGGAAGGAAUACGAUGGGAAGAACAUGGCGCUCUUUGAGGAGGAGAUGGACACCAGCCCCAUGGUCUCCUCCCUGCUCAGCGGCCUGGCCAACUACACCAACCUGCCCCAGGGCAGCCGGGAGCACGAAGAGGCAGAGAACAACGAGGGGGCCAAGAAGAAGCCUGUCAAGGCCACCCGGAUGGGCACCUUCAUGGGCGUCUACCUGCCCUGCCUGCAGAACAUCUUUGGCGUCAUCCUCUUCCUCCGCCUCACCUGGGUGGUGGGCAUCUCGGGCAUCCUGGAGUCCUUAAGCAUGGUCAUCCUCUGCUGCUCCUGCACCAUGCUGACGGCCAUCUCCAUGAGUGCCAUCGCCACCAAUGGAGUGGUGCCAGCCGGCGGGUCCUACUACAUGAUCUCGCGUUCGUUGGGCCCGGAGUUUGGAGGGGCCGUGGGACUCUGCUUUUACCUGGGCACCACCUUUGCGGGUGCCAUGUACAUCCUGGGCACCAUAGAGAUUGUGCUGGCCUACAUCUUCCCCCCCAUGGCCAUCUUCAAGGCCGAGGACGCCAGCGGGGAGGCGGCCGCCCUGCUGAACAACAUGAGGGUCUACGGGACGUGCGUCCUCUCCUUCAUGGCCACCAUCGUCUUUGUGGGCGUGAAGUACGUGAACAAGUUUGCCCUCAUCUUCCUGGGCUGCGUCAUCCUCUCCAUCCUGGCCAUCUACGCGGGAGUCAUCAAGUCCGCCAUCGACCCCCCGUCCUUCCCGUUCGGCGAGGCCGUCAGCGGGAACCUGGUGGUGGGCACGCUGGCCUGGCCGUCCCCCUGGGUCAUCGUCUUUGGCUCCUUCUUCUCCACCUGCGGGGCUGGACUGCAGAGCCUCACGGGGGCCCCUCGCCUGCUGCAGGCCAUCUCGCGGGACGGCAUCGUGCCUUUCCUCCGGGUCUUUGGCCACGGCAAGGCGAACGGGGAGCCCACCUGGGCCCUCCUGCUCACAGCCUGCAUCUGCGAGAUUGGCAUCCUGAUCGCCUCCCUGGACGAGGUGGCCCCCAUCCUCUCCAUGUUCUUCCUGAUGUGCUACAUGUUUGUCAACCUGGCCUGUGCAGUGCAGACCCUGCUGAGGACCCCCAACUGGCGCCCCCGCUUUCGCUACUACCACUGGACCCUCUCCUUCCUGGGCAUGAGCCUCUGCCUGGCACUGAUGUUCAUCUGCUCCUGGUACUAUGCCCUGGUGGCCAUGCUGAUCGCGGGGCUCAUCUACAAGUACAUCGAGUACCGAGGGGCAGAGAAGGAGUGGGGUGAUGGCAUCCGGGGCCUCUCGCUCAGCGCAGCCCGAUACGCCCUGCUGCGGCUGGAGGAGGGGCCGCCCCACACCAAGAACUGGCGGCCGCAGCUGCUGGUGCUCGUCCGGGUGGACCAGGAGCAGAACGUGGCUCACCCGCAGCUGCUCUCCCUCACCAACCAGCUGAAGGCCGGCAAGGGACUGACCAUCGUGGGCUCUGUGCUGGACGGAACCUUCCUGGAAAACCACCUGCAGGUCCAGCGGGCCGAGGAGUCCAUCCAGCGUCUGAUGGAGGCCGAGAAGGUCAAGGGCUUCUGCCAGGUGGUGACCUCUUGCAAUGUCCGGGAUGGCAUGUCGCACCUCAUCCAGUCCAGCGGCCUUGGAGGGCUGCAGCACAACACGGUGCUGGUCGGCUGGCCCCGCAGCUGGCGCAGCAAGGAGGACCACCAGACCUGGAGGAACUUCAUUGAGUUGGUGCGAGAGACCACGGCUGGCCACAUGGCCCUGCUGGUGGCCAAGAACGUGGCCAUGUUCCCGGCCAACACGGAGCGCUUCCCGGAGGGCCACAUCGACGUCUGGUGGAUCGUGCAUGACGGGGGGAUGCUGAUGCUGCUGCCCUUCCUCCUGCGCCAGCACAAGGUAUGGCGCAA